GAAUAGAUAUUAAUGUUUAAAUUAAUGCUUCAGUUUUUUCUCUUUUUUCAACUUAACUGAGAGAAAUAUAAAUUUUAGUAUGAAAAAGAAAAAAAAAGUGAUUUCAAAAUUGAAAUUGAAAAUACGAGAAUCAUAAUGUGACCAAACAUUUUUUAUAUUCUCAUUACUCAUAUAAUAAAAAACAAAACAAAUAGGAAAGAUGAAGUGAAAAAGGAACUACAAAAAUAUAUGUAUAUGUGUAUAGUAUAUAAAUAUGCAAGUGUGUAACGUGAAUUAAUUCAAAAUAUGUGAAAUAGAAAUAUAGAAUUGAAAUACGAAAUUCAGAAAAAAUUGUGAGGAAAAAAUAACCUUUUACUAUAUUAACGAAAUUUUUACAAGAGGAGAGUUAAUGUGCGCUUAUCGGUGUUGUGUGUAAAAUGGAAAUAUAUAACGAAAAUAAAUAAGUAUUUACCUACAAAAAGCGGAAUAUUUAUAUAUAUAUUUUAAAUAGUAAUUAUUAAAGAAAAAAUAGAAAACAUUUUGCAAAUUUAGAAAUUAAAAAAAAUUGGUUUAUAUAUUUUGCUCUAAACAGUGUAAUUAAUUUUUCUUGAAGAGUGUUCAACUUUUUAUAAAAAAAACACAAACAUAUACAAAGUAGGAAACAUAAGUAGAUAUAUACUAUGCAUAUUUACGAAAAGAACCGAAAGCAAAAAGAAAUAGAAAAAUGUGUUAUUUUAUUGCUUUCUUUUUUUAAUCGCUGUCAUCAUCCAAAAUUAAUACCUAAAAUUUUCGAUGUUGAUGUGUUUAUAAAUUUAGUGAUAGGACUUAAUGUGUUCUAAUUUGAUUUCGUUUAUCGUUUUGUUGGAUGGAGUUUACAUUUAAAGAAGUAACUACCUACCUAUUAAAAUAUAAAAUAGAAAGAUUUUAUCCAUUAAUAUAAAACAAGAGAAAGCAAACAUUUUGUGAUUUUUGUGACACUUAUUUGUACAGCAGGGGAAAAGUGAAUAAACUAAUAAUUCGAUAAUAAAAAUCAAAUGAAAACAAAAAAAAUGAAAACAACAAAAAAAAAUGAAAAAAAAAACAAAACUCAGUACAAAUAAAAUUAAAAGCAUAAAUACAUUUUUAAAAAUAAAUUUAUUUUUUCAUUCAAAAACAAUGUAAACAUGCUUUUUCUUUCAGUAUAAAACUAUUCAAUAGCAUAAAAAAUUUUUAUCGAUUUUUUGUUUUACUUUUUAAUAAUAGAAUGAUUUAAUAUUUUUACUGAAAAAAGAACACAAUUAUUGUUAAAUGUGUAUUUAAAAAAAUUGACAAUAUAAUUUUUAUUUGCUAUUUUGUAACAGUAACAAUAAUUUUUGACUUUUAAGAAAUAUGUAACUGAUCCGAAAAAAUUCAUGUACAUAUGUGAAUGAAUAUGUGUGAACUGUGUAUGGCUUUAAAAAAAUCAAAUACCUACACAUAUGCAUUGUUAUAUAAAGUAUAAGCUUUUUUUUACAGGUAGUGUUUUUUAUUGAAGUAAAACAAAAUUACGUUUACAUUAUCGCCACCGAUUGACUGUGUCAUUUUAUAAAAAUAUUUUGAGACAUUAAAUAAAUUGAUAUAUACAUAAAAAAUAAGAGCUUUAUGUACAUACAUAAAUUUAUCUGGCAAUUUCAAAUUUUCACAUUUGCCUAUAUUCAUACAUACACAUGCUCAUAUAGUAUAUGUAAGUGAAAAAAAUAUUUACAUCCAUGUGUAUAUAAUGUUAUAAUUCAAUCAUUAUAUUUAAUAAUAAAAAAAAAACAAAUUUUAAAAUUGUUUGUUUAAAUUUUAUUAAUUUUAAAAAAAAAAAAACUGAAUUAAAACAAAAGAAGACAAACGUUUCAUUACUAAAUAUUCCGAAUAAAAUUCAGAAAAAACCGCUCAAUUAGGCAGCUUGAAAUUUUUUUUUGGAAAUUUAAGACAAAAACUACCUCUAUUCUGGAUAUAUUAAUUUGAAAAUAAAAAAAAUAGGAUUGGAUAUUUGUAAAAUAUUGGCAAAACUCUGACUGAAAUUAUAGAAAAUAAAAACUGUAACCAACAAUGGUUUAUAUAAAUUAACUUUCUGAAAUUGAUUAAUUCCUAUCUUUAUAUGGAAUUGUAAGGUUAUAUUAAAACUAAAAAUAAAUUAUGAAUCAUAGAAUAAAAGAUAAAUCAUCACGACCUCUAUUGUCACAACUUGACACACAAAUCAACGAUCGCAAUAAUACUACAAGUAGUAGUACUAGUAGUAGUAGAAGUAGUAGUAGUAGCAGUAAUAGCAAUUCUAUCAGGACGUUUAGUUCGUCAGCUACAUCAACAAUAACAACGAAAACAGAAAAUUGCACAUCAACUUCUGGAACUAUUCAGUCAUUAUCAAACGAACAAAUAAAAAAUGAAUUAGUCAAUAUUAACACAGACGUACAACUAAAAUCAUCAUCAAAAAUUAAAACUAUUACUAAAAGUUUAUUAGCUUCUACAAAAGAAGUUGCAACAAAUCUCAAUCAAAAGCUUUUAACAGUUAACCGUAUAACUGCGAGACCAAAUACCUUAAAUGUUAUCGCGCAUGAGCAAAAAUAUGUAGAGGCAAAAUUAAUCAUCUGCGAAGCAUUAAAUGCUUGGCGAUCAAAGGCUCGAUGUAAUGUUGUACAAGGUGAUCGGUUAAAAGAACUUUUUAACGAAUUACAGUUUAAUCCAAGCUCGAAACAAAUAACCGAAAUAUUGCAAACUGCCAAAUUUUUUACACGUAAAGGUGAUCGUCAAUUAAAUGGUUUAACUUUCGGAGAGUUUUGUGUUUUAGCAGCAGAUCUAAAACGUUUUAGAUCAUGUAAUUUUUCAUCCCCCACAAACACUCCACCAUUAGAUUCCACCCAAGCAAAAAAAACGUCAUCGAGUGAUGAAUCUACAAUGGAAGAUUCCUUAAAAAACCCUAAUAGCAGUCCUGAAGUAUUUUUAGGAGGUUCUUGUAACCCAACAACAUGGCGUGCUGAUGUAGCUAUUCCAACUUUAAGAAAGCUUGGCAUUUCAUUUUAUAAUCCACAAGUAUCACAUUGGACUCCCGAUCUAAUAGAUUUAGAAUACCGAGCAAAAGAGAAGGCUCAAGUAUUAUUUUUUGUUAUGGAUUCAGAAACUCGUGCAUCAGCUGGAGCUAUCGAAGUGGCUUAUAUAGCUGGACAAAAUGCAAGACAGUUAGUACUCGUGCUACACGCAUAUAGACCAGAUCAAUGUAUAAACAAUGAGCCAGUAUCAGCACAAGAGUACACUGACUUAAGUCGUAACCAACAGUUAUUAAAAGAAAUGGUUCAAAGGCGAGGCAUACCAGUGCUAGAUAACAUUUCGGAAGGAUUAAAACGAACGAAACAAAUAUUAGCUGGUGUUUGUGACCCGCCAACAAGUAUUUCAUCAGUUUUGAUUAAAAUACGCGGAGCUUUUGAUCGGGUUUCUACAAAUGACUUCGAAAUGACCACAAAAAAUUCUAAAUCAAAUUCAAUUUACCUUCCAUAUAAUGGUAACAAAAUUACCUUAGAACAAUGUCAAUUAGCGUUAUCAUUUAUUGGGUAUGCUCAAAGCCUUUUAAAAUUAGAAAAUUUAAAAAAUAUAUUAUUGUCAUAUAAGGAACCGUUGCAGCUUCACGGCAUAGUUUCGCCAACACAAUCGAUCGAACAAGAAUUAAAAACAAAAACUCAAACAUCGCCAACAAAAAAUAAAAAGCUAAGGGAUAUUUUUAAUGUUAAAUCUAAUUUUUAUAAUGAAAAUUAUAUUAAUUUUGAUGAAUUUUGUAUAAUCGCAGCUCAUUUAUCCUUACUACAACAAGAAAUAUAUGAACAUGGCUGUAUUUCACCAAUUAAAGGUACAAAUAUAACGCCACCACCUAUUUUUUUUGCUAACAUGCAAGAAACAAGUGGAGCAGAAAACGUAAUAUUAAGGUCAUCUAGUUUUAAUAAUAGUAAAAGGAUACUACGAACAGGAAGCUUUAGUAUAUCAUCAAUGUUAUCCCCGACAUUACAAUCAUAUUCUCCAACCCAUAACUUAAUACCGGCAUCAAUUACACCAGUAAAAAUUGUUAAAGAAAAGCAUUCUACAUUGAACGAACGAAACAAUAGUGGAGACAGUGGUACAUCUUCUCCACAACCACCUUUAAUGCAGGAAUUUGGUACACAAUUAACUUUAAAUUCAAGUGGAAGCACAAGCUGUAGUAGUUGUAAUAAUUUUAGUAGCAAUGCACCAACAGCACCACUAAACUCAAAAUCUAAAUUUAAUUUUGGCAAUCAAGUUAUUUCUUCAAGAAAUUCUGGCAACUUUGAUCAAAUGCUAUUGGCAAAUCAAAAUAAUAAUUAUGAUUCAGCUUUAGAAGACGAAUCUGAUUCGAAUGAUUCAGUGUUCUCAAGCGGUAGUUCCGUUAAUUCGUAUUUAUGUGAAAGUAAAUCAUCUUUCUCAUCUGUUAUUGGUAAAGAAUUUUGUGACGUUUAUUUGGGAGGCAGUUGCUUCUUACGUACAACGUGGCGUUGUAAGAUCGCUAUACCGUAUUUAAACUCAAGGGGAAUUACAUAUCAUUUACCAGCGCUACAUGAAAGUAUAAUACCAUCACCAAAGCUAAAACGUUGGUUAAGUGAAAUAUCGUCAAAAUCAGAAGAAGACAACACUUAUUAUGAUGAAAAAUUAUUAAUUAAUUUAAACAAGAAUUUUAGAUCAAAAAAUACCGAUGAAGAAUUAUCUUGGCCAAGUGUAAUAAGAAAAAAUUUAUAUAAUCCAUCCCUCUUAGACUCAAGUCGAAUUUUAUUAUUUGUAAUUACAAAUGAGACUAGAUCCUUAGCUCCAAUGACGUUGGCUGCCCAUUGCAUUGGUUUAAUGUAUAACGUUAUAUUAUGUGUUCAAAUGUUAUCUGAAAAUGAUUGUUACAUUGGCAAUGAGAAAUUGACAACAACUGCAAUCAAAGAUUACAAUCGCGGUAGAUCUUAUUUAAUUGAUUUAGCUAAAAGACAAGGUGUUCCAGUUUUUGAUGAUAUUAAAGAAGCAUUAGAUUGUGUUGCUGAGAAACUGAAAGCAUCAUAUUCCAGAAAUAAUCUAUUACAAAAUAAAUUUCUACGAAUAUUAUAAAAUUUAGUCAAAAUAAAAAUUAAAGCAAAGUAUCUUCAUAAAUGUAUGUAUUAGCUGUUUUAUGCUUAUUAUUCACGAUGUGAUUACUGUUUUAUUUCUUAUUUGUGAAAUGUGAUUAUUUAUGUUAUUAAAUUGUAUAGGGAAAAUGAAUUUAUAGUUAUAAAAACACCUUGCACUAAUAGUAAUAUGUACAUACAUAUAUAAUUGCUGUAUAACCAAAAUCGCAACGUAUAUGAUCAGCAUUAAAACUUUUCUUCAUACAGUUUGUAGUGAAUUAAUUUGGUUGACCAUUUUUUAAAAAUAAAGAACAAAGAUAACUUAAAAAUAGGUUAGGGUUUAUAAUAAGUUUCUUAUUUGUUCUAAUACUCAAUGAAAUUUAAUUAUUAACCUUGCUAUGAAUUGUAAAAUGUUUUAGAUAAUAUUUAAUGUAAAUAAUUCAUUUAAAUAAGUAAUUAUACUUUGUAUUAUUUAUUUAACUUUAAAAUUUUUAUGCUUUUAUUAGUUGACAAACAA